AUGGCCGCGGAAACGAUACAAGGGCAGUCAUCAACAUCCUACCGGCCAGAAACUGAUGUACCCGCCGAGUCAACGCGCGAUAUCGACACGGUGAAUAAGAAGCAGCAGCAACACCAACAACAGCCCCAGAAGAAGAGUAACGCUGAGAAGCCAAAUAGCCUGGAUCUGAGCCUGGGCCUGGAUCUGGCCUGUCCCGCAUCGCGCCCGGAAACCCCGCAAGACAUCCUUGAGAAUCGGGAGAGGAUUCGACAACGGCUACCUGCGGAGCGGCUGAGCAUUGAUGAUUUUGACCUUCUCGAAACUGUAGGGACAGGUACAUUUGCUCGAGUUUGGCUGGCUCGGUGGGCGAAGAGGAAAGAAGGCCAGGAUGGAGUAUAUGCGAUUAAGAUUUUGCAUAAGGCGGACGUAAUCAAACUAAAACAGGUUGAGCAUGUGCGGAAUGAAGUCAGAACCCUUGCUGCGGUUUCUGGCCACCCGUUUAUCAUUUCCCUUAUUUCCACUUUCUCCGACGAUCAAAAUUUAUACAUGUUGCUAGACUACUGCCCAGGCGGCGAAGUCUUCACAUUUCUCCGCCGCGCCCGCUGCUUCAGCGAGCGAACCUCCCAAUUCUACGCCGCCGAAAUCGUCCUAAUCCUCGAAUUCCUCCACGAAGUCCACGGCGUCGCAUACCGCGACCUCAAGCCCGAAAACAUCCUCCUAGACGCAGAGGGCCACCUCAAACUCGUCGACUUCGGCUUCGCCAAACAACUCUGGAGCAGAGAAACAUACACCCUCUGCGGCACCCCAGAAUACCUUGCACCAGAAGUCAUCCACAACAGCGGCCACGGCCUAGCGGUUGACUGGUGGGCUCUAGGCGUCCUUAUAUAUGAGUUCAUAGUCGGACAGCCACCAUUCUGGGACCAGAAUCCCAUGCGCAUAUACGAGCAGAUCGUUCAGGGACGUCUGCGGUUCCCCGUAAACAUGCCCCCCGCCGUCCGCGAUAUUGUGUCCCAGCUCUGCACGACGAACCCUUCGGAGCGGCUAGGGUAUAUCAAAGGUGGUGCAGCGCGAGUGAAGCAGCACCCGUUUUUCAAGGAUAUCAAUUGGGAUGACAUUUAUUUUCGGCGGACCAAGGGGCCUAUAGUCCCCAGGGUGGAUUCGCCGACUGACACGGGCAAUUUUGAGGAAUACCCGGACGAGCCGGAUUCGUCGUUGCUUACACCCUAUACGAAGGAGAUGCGAGAGAAGCAUGAUGAUAUGUUUGCAGAUUUUUGA